UAAACGUGCUUCGAAUAUAUUUAUAUACAUAUAUAGACAUAAGUGAUCUAGUGCCAUGGAUAAUCCGGGCUAUGUGAUAGAUUGUGAUCGCGAGUUCGACACUGCGGCGGGCAAGCGCAAGUCGUUGGACAAGCGCGAGUACAGCUUCGAGGAGGCCAUCACGUUGACGGGCCACGGACUCUUCCAUCUAAAGCUGCUGCUGGUCUGCGGCCUCUGCUUCAUGGCCGUCAUGGUAGAGAUAAUGGGCGUUAGCCUGAUCAUGCCCCUGGUCAAAUGUGAUCUGCAGGCCACGCUGGACCAGCAGGGCAUACUCGCCUCGGCCGGUUUUCUGGGCGUCGUGCUCAGCUCCCAUGCCGUGGGCUUUCUGGCCGACACCUGGGGACGCGUGACGACGUUGCGCCUAGCGAUGCUCCUCAGCGCCAUCACCUCGAUCAUUUCGGCCUUCUCGGUGAACAUCUGGAUGCUGAUCGCGUUCCGUUUCCUCACGGGCUUCUUCAUCUCCGGCGGACAGGCGUGCGUGUUCAGUCUGUGCGGCGAGUUCCAUGGGAACAGAACACGAGUUCGCCAUGUCACGUUGCUCUCCUGCUUCCUGUGCUUUGCCAUCAUGUUUGCACCAGCAAUGGCCAUCGGCAUCCUGCCCCUGGAGCUGAGUGGCUCGAUGCUGGGCGUGAACGUCGCCUCGUGGCGCUUGUUCCUCAUCGCUGACGUCUCCAUAGCGCUGCUGGCCCUGCUUGGUCUGCUGACGGUGCCCGAGACGCCCAAGUACCUGUUGGUUCACGGACGCACCGAUAAGGCCCUGGAAACGUUGCGCAAGAUGUACGUCUACAAUUCGGGCCGGCCGGCCAGCGAAUAUCCCGUGGAGUGUCUGGCUCCGCAGCUCGGCGGCGCCAGUCUGUCCAAUGUGCACGGCGUCUGUGACGCACUGCGUCUCAUUUGGCAGCAGACGGUGCCGCUGUUCCAUCGCUCACGCGUCUUGCACACGCUCAACAUCUGCGGCAUGCAGUUCGUCAUCUAUGGCAUCGCCCAGGGCAUCUUCAUGUGGUUCCCCACCAUACUGAACGAACUGGGCGAGGAGAGCUCCUACGGCGCACUACUCUGCACCGUCCUGCUGAACUUCAACACCGAACCGAAUCCCUCAGAGGAUGGCACCUGCGCGAUGAAGGCCGACGUCAAUACCUACCUGGUGAUGAUCACCAUCGGCGCCGCCUUCACGGUCAUCUAUUUAAUCUUCGCCUACACCAUCGAUAUGAUUGGCAAGCGGAACCUAUUGAUGGCCUGGAUGGUGUUGACCGUCGUAUGCCUGGCUCUGCUCCACUGGCUGCGGGAAUUCAUCCUGGUCGUGAUUGCGCUGACCCUGGCCAUGGCCAUUGGCAACUGCGGCGGAUUGGUCAGCACCAUCGCCAUGGACUUCUAUCCGACGCAGAUCAAUGCGAUGGGCAUGUGCUUCAUCAUGAUGGUGGGCCGACUCGGCGCUGUGGUGGGCAGCAAUGUGCUGGGCAAUUUGCUGUUUAGCAGCUGCGACGCCACCUUCUGGACUCUGCUCGGCUUCGUGGUCGUGCUUACCGUGAUGGCAUACUUUCUACCGGAGCAGACCAAGCCCAAGGCCAAACGGCAAUCCUCCACUGCCAACGGCCAGGAAAUUAGCUCUAAGUAACUGUAGCCCCUGCCAUCUAGCUCUAUGUGGUUGUACGUAAGCAAAUAGAAGAAGAAGAAACAAACGAAACGACAAAAAA